AUGUCUAACUCUGUACUACCGACCGAGGGAGUACUCUCCCAUCCAACUACCAAUCAAGCUUCUCUCACUCCUCCAUCACGCAAGUCCGAGUCUCCGCCAGCGGCCAUUAAAGCCGAGGAAAAGCUGCCGUUGCACAAACGUACCACGUCAUUCAAUGACGACAAGACGGGCCAACAGUGUUCCAACUGUGGUACUACAAAGACGCCGCUUUGGCGUAGAGCUCCGGAUGGAACUCUCAUCUGCAAUGCAUGUGGGCUCUACCUACGCUCCAACAACCAUCAUCGACCAGUCAACUUGAAAAGACCUCCGAACACCGUGUCUUACAACAAGGAGGAGGAAGGCAGUUGCAAAGGUGAUGGCAGCUGUAAUGGUACAGGUGGCUCGGCAGCCUGUAAGGGCUGUCCAGCGUUUAACAACAGAGUUGUCCUUAAAGGUGAAGAGAUCAAGAAAGAUACCGAUAAAUGCGACAACUCAGAAAGCAAAACCACUGCUGCAUCAAAGAGCGACGAAGAGUCCACCACAACUGCCGUCGGCAACUCCACAGGAAAUUCUGGAGGAAACGUUGACGACUCGUUGGCCAUUGCAUGUUUCAAUUGUGCUAGCACAAUCACUCCACUCUGGCGUCGUGACGACGCUGGAAACACCAUCUGUAACGCCUGUGGCUUGUACUACCGACUUCAUGGUAGUCAUCGGCCGAUCAAAAUGAAGCGCAACACCAUUAAGCGCCGGAAGCGAAAUAUUGUAAAACUGGAUGAAAAGUCAGACCCCAAAGGUGGUCCAUCUCCGGGGGCCAUCGAACGUUUGCAGUUAUCACCUAACUUCUCCACUCCAGGACUGCAAAGUGGACGACUGGUUUCGCCGUGGUCAGGUCAGUCUACUGGAACUCUGCCAGAGAUGAAUCCUUCUCGUGGUGCUUCUGUUCCACCUCGCCUGCAAGCCAGUUCGUACUAUCCGCCAUAUUCGGGACACGGACGGAUUCCUAAUGGCCCGGGUCCUUUGCCUGGUCCUCCUCCUCCUAUUCCAACAUACCCAUCGCCAAUGUUCCAGCUUCCUCCUAGUGCGCCAGUGUUCUACAACUUGCCACCUUCAUAUCCAGGUAUGGGCAUGACUGGAACAAUGCAACCUGGAAUGCAACAGAUGCAAGCAGGAACGCAGCCGAGAUUACAAGCUGGUUUGCAGCAUGGAAUGCCAGGAAUGCAACCAGUGAUGCCUCCUGUAGCCAUCCAGCCACCCCAGCAGCAGAUUACGCCGCCAAUGGCAGCUAUGAGUACCUACGGGCGUUCGCCACCAAUGGGUGGUAUACUAUCUCAGACGCUGCCAAUCAAAUUGCCGUCUAUUAGGACUUCUCCACCAGCUGCUAAGGUUGCAGAGGUUACGGUAGCACCAAUAAAGCGCGGGGGUGACAAUGCCCCGAUUCCCGUGGAUUUUACGAACUUCGGCAAGCCGGAACAAAAGAAGCACCUGAUGUCCAUCGGCGGGUUGCUCAACGAAAAGUAA